AUAAAAAUGAUGAUAAUGAGGAGAGAGAAAAACUGAAAAAACAGAGCAACCACCAAAACCUCUCUCAAGCCUCAAUGUUGCAGUCUCAACACCUACUCUCUUCCAACUUCUUCCCUCCUCUCCCUCUCUCUCAUUCCCUCAACCCCUCUCUCUGUCCUCAUUCCUCUCCCUCUCCUUUCAACUUUUCUUACAGACCCACCACUCUCCACUCCCUCUCAGCCCACCUUCGCUCCAGACCCGAAACAUGGCUCGCCGAACUCCCCGAACCCACCACCAUCACCACCGCAGAGGACGGACCCAUCGAACUUCCACCGUCGACUCCCUCCAUUUUCGCCACCUCCGACGACCCUUCUUCUCUCCAAGUGGCCACCAGUCUUCUCCUCACCGGAGCAAUCUCCGUUUUCCUCUUCCGCUCCCUCCGCCGCCGCGCAAGGCGAGCCAAAGAACUGAAAUUUAGGUCUUCUGGGGCGAAGAAAUCGUUGAAGGAGGAAGCGAUUGAGAGUUUGAAAGCAAUGGCGCCGGGACAGGGUGGAGUGAAGGAUCGUCCCUCGCCGAUUCAGGCGUUGUUGGGUGGAGUGUCAGCUGGUGUGAUUGCUCUUAUUCUUUACAAGUUCACUACUACUAUCGAGAGCUCUCUCAAUCGCCAGACACUUUCGGAUAAUUUCUCGGUUCGCCAGAUCACAAUAACCAUAAGGACUAUUAUCAAUGGGUUGUGCUAUCUUGCAACAUUUGUUUUUGGGCUCAACUCAAUAGGUUUAGUCCUUUACUCAGGCCAACUUGCCAUCAACUCCUUCAUGGGAGAUUCGUCAAGUGAAAGAACCGAAAAUGAAGAUGAAGCACAGAUAAGUUCGGAUAUGACAGUCAAGAACCCCACGGAUAGCUCUGAAACGAGCGUCAGCAAUGGAGAUCAAAGUUCAGAUAAACAAUAACAGAGAGAGAACUAAAAUCAAAUUGAACGAACAGAUUCUUGUUCCUUUGACCUACUUGUAGAGCACAUAUCUAUUCAAUUUAUAUUUUGCAAUUUUGUAGUCAUGGUUUUGUUUUCUCUUGAUUAUAAUGCACUCCCUUCUCUAUGCUCCCUUCUCUAUGCUAUUAUUCACUUAGCAUUAUGGGUCCGUUUGGUGUAUGUAAUAACCCUCACCACUGUUUACUGAUAAGCCAUUGAUUAUUGUUAAACUGAGGCUAAAUAUGUUAAUUGACUGACUGACUGAGAACUGAAGCCGAAUUGAUUGAGUAUAUUA